AUGGCGUUCUCAACCCUUCUCCCCACCACGUUCUCAACCCUUCUCCCCACCCAUUUGGCGAAACCCUUCCCUCCCAUUUCGAGGCGCUCCUCUACAACUUUGGUCGCUCGUUCGGCAUUGAUUAAAAGAGUUUCAGAUACAGUUUCAGACUCCGAUUCUAAUGACUCCGAUGCCCCUUACCCCAAAGGUAGUCCUUUGAAGAAUCCAUUCCUGGUAAGAGGAAGGGCGGUCCCUUAUGUCAAUAAACACACAAAUGAAUGGUUUGAGUUGAAAGUGGACUUACCAGGUAUCUCCAAGGAAGAUUUAAGGGUUUGGGUUGAAAACCAUCGUCUCAAUAUCAUGGCAGUAGAAGAGGAUUAUGAAUCUGAUGAUGAAGAAGAAGGAGAAGAGUACGACAACAAAAUGGACGGUCCGAGGAAGUACUUUGGGUCAAUUCCUUUUCCUGAAUAUGAAUAUGAGAAGGAGAAGAUCCGGGCCAAGAUGAGGAACGGUGUUCUCAAGCUGGUCGUACCCAAAAGGAAAGGCAUUAUCACCAUCAAUGUCAAGAACUGA